AUGCCGUAUCGCUUUGAAUUGGCCAAGUCGGGCCGCUCUGGCUGCCAGACUAAGGAAUGCAAAGAUGCUCAGACGAAGAUUGCCAAAGGCGAACUUCGCAUUGGCACUUGGGUCGACAAUGAGUCACGCCAGUUCUGGAUGUGGCGCCACUGGGGCUGCUUCACCCCUCGCAUGGUCCAGAACGUGGUUGAGAGCAUCAAAGAUGGAGAUGACGAUGGAGCUCUGAACUAUGAACUGCUCGACGGCUGGGAAGAUCUUACCAACGAGUACAAGGACAAGAUCUCCCAGACUCUUGAACGGGGUCACGUCGAUGACGAAGAUUGGAGAGGCGACAUCGAGUGCAAUCGCCCUGGUGGCAGUGGCAUGCGCGUGAAGGUUAAGGCUGCCAAAGGUGCAAAGGGGGCUAAGAAGGACAAGGAACCCCAGGAGUCCUCUGCUGCCGGCAAGAAGCGUGGUGUGAGCGAUGCCGAGGUCUCCGACGUUGGCGACAAGGAUGAGCCCGCGAAGAAGAAGCGCGGUCCGGGUCGUCCCAAGAAAGAGAACGCCCAAGUUGACAACGGAGAAGAGGCCGUUACUGCGCCCAAGAAGGCCGGUCGUCCCAAGAAGCCUGCCGACGACAAUGCUGAUGCUGCCGCUGACUCUCAGCCAAAGAAGCGGGGCCGCACUGCUAAGAAGGUCGUUGAUCACAAAGAAAGCUCCGAUGAAGACGUUGAAAUGCCCGAUGCCGAAGAGGCCCAGCCCGCCAAGCCGAAGGCGACUUCCCGUGCUAGGGCUGCCGCAGCUUCAAAGAGCAAGGGCGAUUCUCAGGCUGCUGAAGAGGGAUCUGCUCCCCAGAACGACGCAGAGGAGAGCAACGAACCAGCCGACAACAAGGAAAAGCCCAAGCGUGGUCGCAGUCGCAAGCCUGCUGCCCCAAAGGCCACCGAGGAGCCUGCUGAGAAGGCCAAGGCCAAGCCUGGUCGCAAGCCGGCUGCUUCAAAGGCCACCGAGGAGCCUGUCCCCGGCAACACUGAGCAGGACAAGGGCCAGACUGAGCCUGCGGAGAAGGCGAAGGCCAAGCGUGGUCGCAAGGCCGCUGCGUCUAAGGCUGUUGAAGAUGGCGUUCCUGAGAACAACGACCAGCAAGAUCAGGAAUCGGCUGAGAUCAAGCCCGCGGGAAAGCGCGGUCGCAGUCGCAAGCCUGCUGGUGCCAAGGUCGCCGAAGACCCCGACAAGCCUAGCGAUGAGGUGUCUCUGGACCAGUCUGGCAGCAAUGGCCACACGAAUGCCGAAGACCAGCCUGUCGCUGAGUUGAACGCCGCCGAGCCCAUCGCCUCGGGUGUUGAGCAGCUCUUUAUGGACAAUGGCACCGAUGUCAAUGACAAGACUGCCGAGCCUGCCAAGGAGGUUGCCGAUGUGCAGCUCGCUCCCGAUAACACCAACAGCGAAGCUGUCGUCGGGGCCGAGACUGUUCAAACCGCCUAA